ACAAAAUAUUAUAAUUCUUUUUUUUAAUGUUUUAUACUAUAUUUGAAAUGUAUGGAAUAAAUCAUUCAGUUUAUAAAAAGCUUAAAUGAAUUGAAACUGAAUUGGCUUUUGUGAGCAAUUUCAAGCAAGUAUCGGAAUUUAUUGAAAACUUCAUAUAUGGGCAACGGAAAUUUGGAAUCUUAUCAUUAUUAUUUUAUAAUAUUGUCAUGUUAUUAAUAAGAAUAUCUAUCUGUCACUUAUUACAAUUUUUUUGAAUAUGUAUUAUAUUCAAUUGUAUGUACUGCGACAUUUGCAGACUUAAUAUUAUUUAUCAAUUUUCUAUUGAAGUAUGGCUGUACGUCGUGGAAAAAGAAAUUUAAAAUUGCAGGUUUCUGAAGAGACACCUGCACCUGUUACACCACCAAGAAAUUUGGAUAAAAGAACUACAAUAACUAUAGGUGAUAAAACAUUUGUAGUAGAAGCAGAUGAUUUAGAAACAAUCUGUAUUCUUGGACGUGGAGCAUAUGGUAUUGUUGAUAAAGUACGACAUAAACAAAGUGGUACUAUUAUGGCAGUUAAGAGAAUAACUGCCACAGUUAAUACACAGGAACAAAAGCGUUUACUUAUGGAUUUAGAUAUUUCUAUGCGUAGUUCAGCAUGCCAGUAUACAGUACAAUUUUAUGGAGCAUUAUUUAGAGAAGGAGAUGUUUGGAUAUGUAUGGAAGUCAUGGAUAUGAGUUUGGAUAAAUUUUAUAUGAAAGUGUAUAAACAUGGACAUGCCAUUCCUGAAGAUAUUUUAGGAAAAAUUGCCUUUGCAGUAGUAAGUGCAUUACAUUAUCUGUAUUCACAAUUGCGAGUAAUUCAUAGAGAUGUAAAACCUAGUAAUAUUUUAAUUAAUCGAAAAGGAGAAGUUAAGAUUUGUGACUUUGGUAUUUCUGGAUACCUUGUAGAUUCUGUUGCCAAAACUAUUGAUGCUGGUUGUAAACCAUAUAUGGCUCCAGAAAGGAUAGACCCAUUGGGUAACCCUUCACAAUAUGACAUCAGAUCUGAUGUUUGGUCGUUAGGUAUAUCUCUUGUUGAAUUAGCAACAGGAAAAUUUCCUUAUGAAUCUUGGGGUACACCUUUUGAACAAUUAAAACAAGUUGUAAAGGAUGAAGCGCCUAAAUUACCAACUGGUAAAUUUUCGGCUAGUUUUGAAGAAUUUAUCAAUAAAUGUUUAAUGAAAGAUUAUAUUGCCCGUCCAAAUUAUAAUCAAUUAUUGAAACUUGAUUUUAUCACAGAACAUGCCAAUAAGGAAACAAAUGUUGCUGAAUUUGUUGAACAUAUUUUAGAUAUUCCUGAAGUUGAAUAAUCAGCAUAGUAUACAAAUAUUUUUAUUAUAAUAUGUUACAUAAUCUUUAAUGUAACUUCAUAAUGUAUCAAAAUUAUUUAAUCAAUUCUCUAUAUCUAUUUCCAUCAAUCAUUUAUUAUUCAUUAAUACAUGCACUAUAAUUUGAAAUAUAUUAUAAAACAGAAUCUGUGUAACUUUUGUUUAAAAAAUUAUUUCUUCAAAAGUUCACUUUUUUGUUUAUUCAAUAUGCGAUUUAUAUAUAAUUUUCAUAAUAAUCUUUUUGUAUUAAAAUUUUUUAAAAUAGGAAGCAAAAUCAUGUAAAUAAUUACAUAUAAAAUCCAAAUUAUUGCAGAUUUACUUAAUAAAUAUAAUUAAAAUAAUAAU